GAAUUCUCCAGACAUGCAAUUAGACUGGCAAACAUGUAUGGAGACAAUGCAGCUAAGGAUUUAUGUCUUUAUGGUGGGUCAUUGGGUCUAUUGAGAAUCGGGAUGGCUGUAAGUUGACCGUUGGCGGCCAGAUAGCGAGGGCUGGCGUGCAGAUGUCCCGCGCGACGUAACAUAUACUCUCGGAUCGCUAUUGUCACAGAGAGAUGGGAUGGCCACGUCUACCGUGAUACUACUGGUUUUGUGUAAUAAAGUUUACAUAGACUAUUACUUUAUCAUUAUCACUUUACUUGCGAAACGUUUGAUCUACGUGAAACAAUUUGUAGCGGCACUCGACAAUAAACCUUCUAACGGUUUCUGUUCCAUGGCCUGCUACACAAACCAGACUCUAUCCCUCGGACAAGAUGAUUGCAUACCUUCAACUAGCUUAAGAACCCGCCAUACAUCUUAGGAUUUCUCUAGUUAAGAUCCUUCAAACCGAACAAAUAUCUUUUAGUUUUAGCAUUCCUUAAUUCAUUAUCUGCUCCAGGAAAAUAGGGGAAAUCUGCUUUCUCAGGUAUGAUGCUUCCCGCUAGCAACUUUCUCUCGAGGGCGGUUAGGAUCCUUCCUCACCCACUAACCUGGUAGAUUAACCCGACGUCCAUUUCCCUCACUUUCCUAAUGAAAACUUUCCUUAACGAAUCCGAUCCUCUCAUAUCCUUAGCCACACCCAUCACAGUUUUCCUUCGCAGCACCAUUGACACAGAAGGACAGUUCCCCUACGUUCCUUGAGCAGUCAUCAUCUUAGUUUGUAUCGCGCACUUUGCUCAAUCGCUAUCUUAACUCAUCGUCUAUCAGUAAAGUAAUCAGUAAAGUGUCGAAAGUGAGAACAAAUUCAAGAGAACAUGGCAUCCACUAAAAGAACAAAAAUUGAGAAGUGUGUUCAACAAACAGGAGAAGAAAACGAACAGGAGCCAAGGUUAUCUGCGUGUGGAUUUUUCUGGGAUGACAACCCUGAUUUAACUUUCCUUGAGGAUAAAGAGUCGUCUAGCGAUAGUGAACAUGAAGUAGAGGAAAAACCAAAGCUGAGAAAUAAAAAAUUAAGUGCCGCUAGACGUCGAGAACAAGAAAGACAAAAGGAACGUGAAAUUCGUCAAAGAGAAGAAGCACUCGCCAAUAACGAGUUGCCAAAUACUGUAGAUCAGUUCGACAGAUUAAUUUUAGCUAGUCCAGAUAGUUCAAUAGUAUGGUUGCAGUAUAUGGCAUACCAUUUACUGGCAACAGAAAUAGAGAAAGCAAGAGCAAUUGCGAGAAGAGCGGUAAAAACAAUUAAUUUCAGGGAAGAAAAGGAAAGAUUAAACGUUUGGAAGGCUUGGUUAAAUUUGGAAUCUAAAUAUGGAUUUCUUGAAUCAUUAAAUGCUGUGUUUCAAGAGGCAGUGAGGUGUAACGAUUCACUGGAAAUAUACAAUCACAUGUUGACUGUUCAUUUCGAGGCUGGCAGGCAGAUGGAGUUGCAAAAAACAAUUAAUACCAUGAUUGGGAAGUUUAAACAUAUUCCCGAGACAUGGUUUAAUUGUGGAGAAUGUUUGUUAAGAAUGGGUUUGAAGGACAAAUCCAGGCAUAUCAUGCAGAGAGCGUUGCAAUCUUUGCCAGCACCUGAACAUGUAAAUCUAAUAGUAAGGUUUGCGAUUAUGGAGAACAAAUUUGGGGAUAAAGAGAGAGCACAAACUCUGUUUGAGCAAAUUCUAAAUUCUUAUCCGAAACGGGUGGAUAUAUGGUCUUGUUAUAUUGAUUCCCUAGUUAAAUCUAAUGAUAUUGAUAUAGCAAGGAAAGUUUUAGAGAGAGCAGUUGUUCAGACAUUACCACCUAGAAAGAUGAAGGUCCUGUUCAAGAAGUUUAUUAAUUUUGAAGAACAGCAUGGUACUCAGGAAGACGUGACUCGUCUUCAACAAAUGGUUGUAGAAUAUGUAGAGAAGCAGUGUGCAAAAUAA